CAAAUCUCAAAAUCAUCGUUCCUCCUUAUUCUCUUCAAUGGCUCGCUGGACACUCACAGGCCUACUGAACGGUGCCGAAUACGCCGUUCAGGGUAUUGCUGUCGUUAUAAAGAAUCCCAACCUACGCAAACAAAAGUUCCUGAGAAUCUUUCUCUACCUUUCACUCGUCUCAAUCGUCCUCUUUUGCAUCACAAAGCUCCUCAUUGCCAUUCCGCUCUUUAUCCUCCGUGUCGUAUUCUGGCUGUUCUCUAGCUAUGAUUCCGAAAGUGCAGACGCGGCCUAUGAUAAAGUAACCUCAAUUCUGCGCGAAAUCGUUUCUUCGGUUCCGUUCCUGACGCUGCUGUUUAUGCGCUACAUCUACGCCAAACCAUUGGACGACCUGUUUGUAGAAUCCCUGGCCUUUGUGGACAGUAUCCACCCCGAGCGCAAGCCUUACACACUCCCGGCUGCAAAACGUGAAUUCCGUAAAGAACACUGGGCAAAUAUGAAGGACUAUGUGUUUCGAACAUGGAAAAAGUUGCGAUUGGGAGUAGCCAUCUGCUUACUAUCACUUUUACCAGUCGUAGGCCAGUUUGUUUUCCCAGCUGCAGGUGCAUAUGCAACAUUUAAAUCUUUGGGAAAUACCCAGGGUAUAGCUGUUGGACUCUGUUUUUUCUUUUUACCACGGUGGGCAGUAAUGCGCCUGGUCCGAGCUUUGAUUGGCAUGCGAUCCUUGACACGCGAAUUACUAGAGCCAUAUUUUGCUAGGAUGAAUAUGUCUCACUCUGAGAAACGGAAAUGGUUUAGCGGGCGGAAAGAUAUCUUGUUUGGGUUCUCGGCCAUUGCAUACAUUAUUAUCCGCAUCCCCUAUGUUGGUUUUAUCGGAUACGGUAUUGCUCAGGCUGCAGCGGCCUAUAUGCUCACAACAGUAACAGAUCCACCCAAUGAUAUCAAUACACCAGAACCUGUUAAUGAUCUGGCUGUAGCAGAAAAUACAAAUGAUUCCAAAAAAGAUAUUUAAAAUAAAAUAAAAAUUGUAUAGAUUUAUUUUUAUUUGAUAGUCAUUUACAACCACAUUUAAUUUGUACGUAUGUAUAUCUUGCUUUGUUUAAAAGAGGUAUAUUGUUAUAAUUAAUAAUUAAUGACUUGAUAAGAUUUAUGUUUUAAAGAAGU